AUGGAAAAGAAGAAAGAGCUCUUUUCAGACCAAAGGGAAAGAGUCAUCCCCCAACAUAUUCCGGCAAGGAGACCAAAGGGCGGCUUCAAAACCAUACCAUUCAUAAUAGGAAAUGAGGCAUUCGAGAGGGUAGCAAGCAUAGGGCUGGCGCCAAACAUGAUAACUUACUUGAUGAGAGAGUACAAUAUAGGAUUGGCCCAAGUGACCAACCUACUCUUUUUCUGGUCAGCUGCCUCCAAUUUCAUGCCUGUCUUGGGGGCUUUCCUCUCUGAUUCAUAUUUGGGUCGCUUCCAAGCCAUUGCCUACGGUUCAAUUGCCUCUUUCCUGGGAAUGAUACUUUUGUGGUUGACAACCACAAUUCCACAAGCAAGGCCUCCCUGGUGCAACCGACGAAUCGAAAGCUGCAAAAGUCCGACAGCAGGGCAAAUGAGUCUUCUGAUGUCGUCCUUUGCCCUUAUGUCCAUUGGAGCUGGUGGAACCAGGCCAUGCUGCUUACCAUUUGGAGCAGAUCAGUUAGACAGGGGAGACAAAUAUCCCAAAAAUCAGAGGGUUUUGGACAGUUUCUUUGGCUGGUAUUAUGCCUCUUCAGCACUCUCUAUCAUGAUUGCCCUAACAGGAAUCGUCUAUAUUCAACUUCAUUUUGGAUGGAAAGUGGGUUUUGGAGUUCCUGUUAUUCUUAUGCUCUUCUCCAUCUUCUUGUUUCUCCUUGCUUCACCCUUUUAUGUGAAGCACAAACCCACCAAGAGCUUGUUUACUAGUUUAGCUCAAGUUCUUGUGGCUGCUCUUAGAAAAAGAAAACUCCCACUACGCCCUAUGGAAUCACACAGGUGGUACCAUCACUCUGACUCCAAGCUUGUCGCCCCAACCAAAAAAUUAUGGUUUUUAAAUAGAGCGUGCAUGAUUAGAAAUGAUGAAGAAGAUCAGGUAGCCGCAGCAGAUGCAUCAGCUUCAGAUCCUUGGAGUCUUUGCACAACAGAUCAAGUGGAAGAGCUAAAAGCACUUGUGAAGGUGAUUCCAUUGUGGUCUACAGGAAUCAUGCUGUCAACAACCCUAAGCCAAAGCUCAUUCCCAUUGCUCCAAGCCAACUCCAUGGAUAGACACAUCACUCCAACCUCAACCUUCCAAAUCCCAGCAGCCUCUUUUGCAAUGUUUGCUGUCAUAGCCCUCACAACUUGGGUUGCUCUCUACGACCGACUAAUCAUUCCCUUGGCUUCAAAGCUCAAAGGGAAACCAGUGCGGCUUGAUGCAAAGAAAAGGAUGGGAAUUGGGAUAUUCCUCUCUUGCAUGGCCAUGAUAGUUUCAGCAAUAGUUGAGCAUAUUCGACGCAGAGAAGCAAUCAAAGAAGGGGCUCUGAGCAGUGAAGAUGCAGUGCUGGAGAUGUCUGCAUUGUGGCUUAUACCACAAUAUUCCUUGAUAGGGUUAGCAGAAGCCUUCAAUGCAGUAGGGCAAAUAGAGUUUUAUUACACAGAGUUCCCUAAGAGUAUGUCAAGCAUUGCCACGGCUCUCUUUGGGCUGGGAAUGGCUUUUGGGAACUUGUUAGCAAGUGUUGUACUGAGCACUGUUGAUCACUUAACUUCAAGAGGAGGAAAAGAGAGCUGGGUUAACUCCAGGAGCAUUAACAGGGCUCGCUAUGACAAUUACUAUUGUCUUCUUGCUGUUCUGAGCUUUCUCAAUUUGCUUUACUUUCUGCUUUGUAGUUGGAGUUAUGGACCUCUUGUUGAACAAGUGACAAAGCCUAAGGAUGAAGAGAUUGGCUCAGAGGCAAUUGGUUAA